AUGACCACGUACCCUUCAGGGAAGGCGCGGAGGAAGGACCCGCAGAACUUCCCUGAAUGUAUCGGUGACCAGGACUUCAGUGGCUGGGCCCCAUCGCCUGGCAAACUGCAGAAGCUGCUGCAAAAGGCUGAGUAUAAUCUGUUAAGCAAAGCGCCGAUCUUCGAGGGCAACUUUUUGCAGGUGACCAAGAGGGGCAAAUGCGCUGGCAUCCUCAACCACCCCAAUAUAGUCGUCGUGGGCAUUUUGGCCAGCAGUCCCAGUCUGCUACUUCCAGACCUGAUGAUCAUCGCCCGGGAAAAAGCAAGUGUAGGCGCAAAACACCCAAAGUCUAAAGAACUGGAAAUCACUCGGCUGAUCCCACUUGAGGCGGUGGAGAUUUUUGUUCAUGACUUGGAGGAGCGGCGGCUGAAAGUGCAGAUAGCGACGGGGCAAAAAUACUACCUGCAGCUCUAUGCCCCUGGCAGGGAUGAGAACUUCCUCUUUGAACGCUGGCUGCGCCUCCUUUACCUGCUGCACCUUCACCUCUAA